AUGGACGGCAACCCCACCACCACUUCUUCCUCCUCAUUACCUCCCGAGAAUUUCAAUUUCUCGCCCGAUAACCCCUCCCCAAUCACCCUCACUGCGAAUCAGGUCAACAACUGUGCUCAAGCCCUCAACCUUUUGAAGGAGAAACUCCACGCUCCUCACGCCAUCACUCAGGAGUUCGAACACCUGCAGGCGAACAGAAUAACGCCGAGUGAGAUGAGGAGAAGAUGCAGCGUCGCUCUUGACGCUGUCAAUUCGAUCAAGAACCGAUACACGGACGUGUUGCCAUUUGACGAAAACAGGGUUGUUCUAAAAUCUAGUACAGAUUAUAGACCUGCAGCACAGGGGUAUAUCAAUGCAAGCUUGGUCUCGACCUCUUCCCCAGGCAAUGUGUCACAGUUUGUAGCGACACAAGGUCCACUUCCACAUACUUAUGAGGAUUUCUGGGAGAUGAUUAUUCAAUAUCGCUGCCCUGCGAUUAUCAUGCUUACUAGGUUGGUGGAUAAUUACAAGAUGAAGUGUGGAGACUAUUUUCAAGCGGAGGAUGGACCUAGAGAAGUUGGUAAUAUUUCUGUUAUUGGUAAAUGGAUGAACACUACUGAAACUUCAUUGGUGCUGCGCCUUUUAGAGGUGAACCAUAGAGAGGUAGAAGAUGCUCCAAUAUCUGUUUUGCAUAUUCAGUAUCCCGAAUGGCCUGACCAUGGAGUUCCCAAAGAUACAUUAGCUGUGCGUGAAAUUUGGAAAAGAUUAUGCCAUUUACCGCCAAACCUUGGCCCAAUAGUGGUCCACUGCAGUGCAGGUAUUGGUAGAACUGGAACAUACUGCACAAUUCACAACACAAUUCAGAGAAUACUUGCUGGUGAUAUGUCUGCUGUAGAUAUUGCUAACACAAUAGCUGUGUUCAGGUCUCAGCGUAUCGGAAUGGUUCAGACACAGGAUCAGUACAUAUUCUGCUAUAAAGCUAUCAUAGAUGAACUGGAAGACCUUGUAUCUCAGCAGUAG